CAGACGCUAACUUGUUCUCUAACAGUCAGAGGGUGGAUAAGAUUCCUGAGAAGUGAACAUUGUGAGGAAGCCAGGAAUCUGAGUAAUCUGUUAUUAGCACAGUGUCAACACAAAGCAGAAAUAUAACCCACACAUUUUCUAGAGGGAUCAUAAAGCGCAACACAGUAUAAGAGGUUGGUGGAAGUUCUGUGCGAAUAUUACAGUUGAAGACUUCAAGCAAAGAAGGAAAUAUAGAGAUCCUAUUAGAAGAUCCUACUAUGAGUAAACCAAAGACAUUAAAUGAAUUGAGGCAUCUUGAGGAGUCUGGAUUUGGUCAACGUCGUCCAAGACACGGCCUCAAGCUGCUUCACUGGUUUGCUAAUGAAUGUGUGGAUUUUGAUAAAAACAAUAUGAUGCGCUGGAAGCACAACCCAGAGGAAGGACAAUUUGAUAUCCACAGGUUCUCAAACAGAAUUAAGAAACAUGGUGAGAAUCUCCUGCCUGAGAAUAGGGACUAUUCCCACUACGAGGUGGGCAAUCUGAGCAGACCAGAAGCAAGAAAUCUGCCAGUUGACAUUCGGGAAGAUUACAAGAAAAAUCACCAGGAGAGCAACAUGGAUCGCAUCAUAUUCAGUGUUUGUUUUAAGAAUAUUGACAGAGUCUAUGUGACUGAGCACAGUGAUCAGGUAGAUUUCAACAAGGAAGCCACCUACGAAAUCAGCAGGGGUCUGAUUAUGAUUAUCAAGGGAUUGACUUUAAAGGACUUCCUCGAAAAAACUGGGUAUAACACAGAAGGUAUUUCACCGGUCCUGAAAGAAGACGAUAAGGAACCGUCAAAUAUUCAAUUGAGUGACCACCAGCAAGUGGACCCUCAGCUGAAUUCUGGAGGUUUAGGACCGGUCGUGGAAAAAGGUGAUGAUGAACCGUCAAACAUUUAAUUGAGUGACCACCAGCAAGUGGACCCUCAGCUGAAUUCUGGAGGUUUAGGAACGGUUGUGGAAGAAGACGAUGAAGAAUCUGAUGACAGUUUGAUGAAUUACGAACCUAACAACUGCUUCAAAUGUAUCAUACAUUAAACUCUGGGUAUAAAUGAGAAAUAUUUAAACUCUGACAGUGUAUAUGUAUUAACCCUCCUGCAGACCACCUGUUGUCUUUUCCUGCAUUCCUACAGCAUACAAAUUAGGAGCGCUGAGUCAAGUUGACCUUGUCUGUUUUUUCACCUUUCAUAGCCUUUUUUUCACCUUUUUUCCAACAUAUUAACAUAUAUUUUGCAAAAUGUUUUGUGAUAUUUGGUAUAA